AUGGCAAAAGCUUGCAUACUCCGCGGUGUGGUGCUGGUCGUGUGCGCGCUCCUGCUUCUCUCCUCCCAUUUCCUGGCGGCUGAGCCGGCUGGCCGGCAAUGGGAUCACGGGAGAGGCGCCACGGUGGCUGCGACGACCAUGGCGAGAGGCCGUUUUGCGAGGAAGGUGUUGCGGGAGGAGAUGGUCCAGGCGGACGGCGACGUUGACAUUGCCGGCUCUAAGAGGAAGAGCCCCGGUGGCCCCGAUCCGCAGCAUCAUUAA